AAUGCCUGUUUCCCAUCGCAACAGGAACUAGGAGCACUGGGCAAAGUGGGAGGUUGGGCCUCUCGUCUGAUCCCGAAUGCCUCGCGAGGCUUGGGGCGGCGUUCUUCCCGAGGGCGUCACCGGGGCCAGGCAGUGGGGUUUGGGAGCCGGGCCUAGGGGCGGAGCUGGGAGAUGGCUUCUGGAGCGGCUCGCUGGCUGGCAUUGGCACCCGUCCGAUCCGGGGCUCUGCGGAUCGGGCCGAGCUGGAGGAAAGGUGGAGAUGUCUCCGCCGGACGAGGCGGUCCAGGUCGGAGUCUGGUGCCGUGGAGGUCAGUCAUCGUUACUCGCAGCGGCGCCAUUUUGCCCAAACCGGUGAAAAUGUCCUUCGGCCUCCUCCGCGUGUUCUCCAUUGUGAUCCCCUUUCUCUAUGUCGGGACGCUCAUUAGCAAGAACUUUGCUGCUCUACUUGAGGAGCAUGACAUUUUUGUCCCAGAGGAUGAUGAUGACGACGACUAACAGGGCAUGAAAGAAGUACAGAAGGGUGAAAACCCUACCUUAAUUAAGAAAUGGUGAUGCUCACAGCCUCUCCUCCUCCCCUAUCAGCAGAAGGGCCCAGGGAAAGCCCUCAGCCUCCCAACUCCAGUGAAGCCUCCUGCAUGGUCUGUGACCACAGCCCAGAUCCCCAGGCUCUAGGAGGUUCCCUGAGAUGUGCUGUCCACUGAGCACAGUCAGAUUAUGAAUGAACGAAUAAACAUCAGCUCUGUAUGACUAA